UUCUCAAUUUUGUAUCCAAUUUCUCCUAAACUUUGUUUGAAAUGGAGAACGAUCCCUUGAGACAGCAGAUUGCCACCAUGAAGCAAUCUCUUUUGAAUGAGGGAACUGUGGACUCUCACUUUUUUCGUGUGGAGCAACGUCAAAGCCCUGAUGACCAAGACGUUCUAGAGAAGGCAAUUAGUUUGCUCUACACCGAUUCAAAGAACACUACAAAUAAUAUAGAGCAGCAGCUGUAAGUUGAAUAUAUAAUUAUUCUGUUACUUAAUAUUUAACUUUAAAUUAAUCAUUUAACCAACAAGACAAUUAUAAUUAUUUUUAUUUUCUCUGGGAAGCGAGAACGACCCUGUUGAUUUCACAGCAAUUAUGAGAUUGGUCAAGCAGCUAAGGGAAAAAUGUGGCAGACUAGGGGCCCAAAAAGUCAUGGAAAAGGCGAUCGCAUUGUUGGGCAACUGCAGCGAAUGUCAUGUGGAACGUAGCAAGGCCUCUCUCCAAAUGCUGAAGCUGGAGAUUGAGACCCUCAAGGCAAAGCUUGACCCUUAUUUUCAGCUGGUGAGGCAAGCUCGCCUUGCUAAUGAAGUAGGAGCAGGGCCUCCACAGUGAAGUUAUCACUGGAAGUAGAAGGGUGACAAGUUGGCGGGCAUACAACACUGGUUGAUAUGCAAAUCCUCCAUUUUUUUCUCUCUAAAUUAGCAGUUAAAUAAACUAGAAGAAGAAAUGUUUCCAUGUGUGCUCCUUAUCUUCCAAUUUUGCUUGGUUAUGGUUUCCUAUGAGAAACUUUAGGACUUGUCAUCUGUUCCUCUCUUUUCAAUAAUUAAUUAAGGGGUUGUUUUCUUUUGAGAGACUGCUUUUAAUUGCUUUUAAAAAUAUGUAAGCUUAUAAUUUCUAUCAUCAAAUUAGGUUUGUCUUUCUAUUUUUCUAUA